AUGGGAAACUUUCGCUUCCCCGUCAAGGUCAAACUUCCUUCCACUUUUCUCAAUGCCAGAGUUAUCAGAGACAAUUUCAAAAGACAGCAAGUGGCAGAACAUGAAGUCACCACCAAAGCACUCAAAUACAUCGCUAGAAACACAACGCUACCGCCAAGAGCCAGACUCGAGGCGCAGUUGCGUCUGAGCACCAUGCCAAAUUACACCAGAAUGACCCAGGUGAGGAAUAGAUGCGUGGAAUCGGGCCAUGCUAGAGCCGUUUUGAGCGACUUCAGACUGUGUAGAACGCAGUUCAGAGAACUAGCCAGAAAUGGUGGUUUGCCAGGCGUUAAAAAGGGUGUAUGGUGA